AUGACGUCGAUACGCCACUCGGCAGACAUCAAGGAGAUGGACUCCGCAAAGCACGUUGAGGUCUCCAGUGAUAUCACUUGGACACCGGAAGAGGAGCAGAAGCUCGUUCGCAAGAUUGAUCUUUUUCUGCUACCGACGAUAUGGCUCAUGUACCUGCUAUCGUACAUGGACCGCACCAAUAUCGGAAACGCGAAAAUCGCUGGAAUGGGCGAUGACCUCAAGCUCACUUCGCAACAAUACUCGACCGCCCUGGUAGUUUUCUUCGUCACAUACGUCGUAUUCGAGCCGCCAUCGAACAUGCUCCUCGUCCGUCUCAAGCCCUCCGUCUACUUGCCAAUCAUAAUGAGCAUCUGGGGUGGUUUGACUUGCUGCAUGGCUGCCAUCAACGACUUUAAGCACCUCCUUGGACUGCGGAUCCUCGUCGGUGUAUUCGAAGCCGGUUUCGCCCCUGGUAUCAUCCUCAUCAUCUCAUCCUGGUACAAGAAGGACGAACAAUCGAAGCGUUUUGGUGUAUACAUGUCUGCGGCUAUCCUGAGUGGUGCUUUUGGUGGUCUUCUUGCUGGUGCCAUUACAGGCGGUAUGGAUGGCACCGCAGGACUCGCAGGCUGGCGUUGGUUGUUUAUUAUUGAGGGCGCGGCGACAGUGAUCUGGGCGAUGGCUUCAUACUUUAUCCUUUUGGAUUUCCCGGCAAACACCAAGCGUCUGACUGACCGCGAACGAGCCAUUGCCACGGCGCGCCUCCGGGAGGGCGGUGUCCAGACCCACGUGGAAGGCGAGGAGAGAAUGGGAAAGAUGAAGUCUCUCCGUCUUGCAAUCUUUGACUGGAGGACUAUCUCGUUCAUCCUUGGUUACAUGGUCAUCGUCGGCUCCUCGACCCUCUCAUACUUCUACCCUACCCUUGUCCACGGCCUCGGAUAUACCGACAGAGUGACUGCGCAGUACAUGACUGUUCCCAUUUACGCAGUUGCUUUUGUCUGCACAGCAGUUACUACCUACUUUGCCGACUCCAUCUCCAACCACCGUGGUCUUGUGAUCGCCUCAUGGCUCAGCUUCUCCCUCAUAACAUCGAUCCUGGUCUGCGUCGUCUACGAAUUUAAAGCAAGAUACGCACUCCUCGUCCUCAUGGCCGCCGGUCUCUGGUCUUCCAACGCCGUCUCUCUCUCCUUUGCUAGUGCGACAUUCGGAUCCAUGCAACCAGAGGUCAGGGCCAUUGCCAUUGCUCUAGUCAAUGCCAUGGGCAACCUAGCACAGAUCUACGGCGCAUACCUUUUCCCAGCCAAGGACAGCCCCAAGUACCUCUUGGGCUUUGGCGUCAUCUCUGGUAUGACGGGUUUUGGUAUUAUUAUUUACAUCUUCCUUCACGUUGCGCUUAGGCGGAAGGAGGGUAUGAAUUCAUUUUUCUAG